UGCCAGCAGGUCUGGAGACGGAGACUCACGCAUGAAUAAGCAGACAAGCGAAACCAGAAUGGAUCGACAUUUAAGCACAUUCUACCUGGCAUUGCUGCUCCUAGCCACAGUUGCCCUGGGAAAUGCCCAAACCAGUCUAACCGUCGAUUCCCAUGACAUCACCGUUCUCCUGAACACAAACGAGACAUUUGUGGUGUUCGCCAACGAAUUAUUACCCAACGAUGUGCAAGUGACGCUGGGAACGGAUUCCGAGGAUCACUUGAGUCUGGAUCCUUCCUCUUUUACUUAUCCCGCUGGCAGUACUCAGAAUCAGUCGGUGGUGAUAACAGGCCGGAGUGCGGGUUAUGUCAAAGUAAUUGCCGAUAGCGAUGCUGCAAACAAAGAGAUCGUUAAAGACGUCUUUGUCCGCGUGACGGUGGCCAAAUCGAGGGCCUUGAUCUACACAUCGAUCGUUUUUGGAUGGGUGUACUUUGUGGCCUGGUCGGUGUCCUUCUAUCCCCAGAUCUGGAUCAACUAUCGACGGAAGUCCGUGGAGGGCCUGAACUUUGACUUCCUGGCCCUGAACAUCGUGGGUUUCACCCUCUACAGCAUGUUUAACUGUGGUUUGUACUUCAUCGAGGAUCUGCAGGCGGAGUAUGAGGUGCGGCAUCCUUUGGGCGUAAAUCCUGUGAUGCUCAACGAUGUGGUGUUCUCCUUGCACGCCAUGUUUGCCACCUGCAUAACGAUUCUGCAGUGCUUUUUCUAUCAGAGAGCCCAGCAAAGAGUGUCGUUUAUUGCCUAUGGAAUCCUGGCCAUCUUCGCCGUGGUUGUGAUUGUGUCCGCCGGUUUGGCUGGAGGAUCCGUCAUCCACUGGCUGGACUUUUUGUAUUACGCCAGCUACGUGAAGCUGACCAUCACCAUUAUAAAGUAUGUGCCGCAGGCUCUGAUGAAUUACCGCAGGAAGAGCACUUCCGGUUGGAGUAUCGGCAAUAUCCUGCUGGACUUCACAGGUGGCACUUUGAGUAUGCUGCAGAUGAUCCUGAAUGCCCAUAAUUACGAUGACUGGGUGUCCAUAUUCGGAGAUCCCACCAAAUUCGGACUGGGUCUCUUCUCGGUGCUCUUUGAUAUAUUCUUCAUGCUGCAACACUAUGUGUUUUACAGGCAUUCCAGAGAAUCCUCCAGUUCGGAUCUUACAACCGUGACAGAGGCCCCAAAUCGAUCAAAUGAGUCGCAGAGCGAUGUGACGACUGAGAAAUAUUAGAGCUGUAAAAUGUGUGCAGUAAAAGACUAUUUUGUACAUUCUAGACUUGUAAAUAUAUUUGUAUAUUUAAUAUAA